CGAUGAACAGAUCUGCAGUUUUGUAUCCACAAAAGAGGAGUUAUUACAUAAGAUGAUGAUAAGAGAUAUUCACAAUCGACGCCAACGCCCAAACAGAUUCGUCACUGCAAGAUAACACUCCGAAGAUGAAAAGGAAUGAAAUAAAUAAAUCCGGCCAUCGGAUUAGUAUUCAUGACAUUAAUGGCAGUACGAGUUGCCAGGGAGGGCUUGUGGAGAAACUUCCAGUUGAGGUUAUCGGAGAGAUAUUGUCUUGCGUAGGAGUUGCACGAGAUGUGAUUAGAGCUUCUCUAACUUGUCGCAAGUGGCGAGAAGCUUAUCUCAAACACCUUCGCACCCUUUCCUUCAAUGUUGCUGAUGAUGAUCGUGUCUAUCGGGAGCUUCCCAUUAGUGACUUGGAAAUGUUGAUCACAGAGACUUUAUACCAAUCACCCGGUUUGCGAAGAUUGUCAAUUUUGAUGGACGACAAGCACGACUUUAUGGCUGCUACUGUUGUGGGCUGGUUAAUGUUUGCUAGAAAGAAUUUGACCGAAUUGUUUUAUAAGGUUAGAACCUCUAACCCUAUAAAUGUUCUUGCUACAUUUGGAAGGCAACGGCUUGAAACCUUUAGUUUAAGCGAUUACAUAAUAGAUGGGGCUGAGCCAAAGUUCAAACCAUUCCCCUGUUUGACAUCACUCUCUCUAACUCGUGUCCGUAUUUCGGUAGAAGGUCUAAACCGGCUUCUUUUGGCUUUUCCCAAACUCGAGCGUGCUGAACUUAGUGAUAUCUUUCUAUGGGCUUUAAGCGAUGAUGAUCAUUCGCCAGAAAUAACAGUCAAGUUGAGUUGUCCUACAUUAAAGACUCUUUCGCUUAGUUAUCUUCAACCAAUGGACCUUAUUCUGGAGAAUGGUGGCAUUGAGUAUUUGCAUGUGCAAAGAUGUUGUUUUGGUUCAUUUAAGGUCAAUGGUAGUAAAAAUUUGAGGCACUUCAACAUGUCCUACACGAAGGUUCAAGUCCAUAAGAUUGAAGAUGGAGACAACCUCGAGAGUUUAGAAAUCAUCAGCAGUGAUGUUACAGAGUCCAAUUUGUUCCCAAUGAAGAUAAACCCACCGCAAUUGAAGACGUUUCGAAUUUGGGGCACUAAUAUUUUCGUGAGAGGGAAGGGACUAGUGGUGGAUUUACAACAAUUAUCUGUUUGUUCGCCACAACUUAGCCAUCUUGCAAUAUUUUAUUAUGAAGAGCCAUCUUAUGAUUUUACGUUUGGAUCCUUGGAGAAGGUCGGGGUGUUGGAGGUUGGAUGGGAAUGGGAUUAUAUUGAUGGCUUUUUUGAGUGGGCAGAGAAGGUGUUGAAGUGUUGUCCGAAUGUUGGGAAGUUGAUUGUCCAUGGGAUAGUUCCCAAAGAGGCUCUUGUUCCCUGUCCAUCAAAGUAUUUGGAGGACUUUGGCGCGUACACGUCAUCAAUGUUGGAAACGAUGAGGAAGUAUCAACAUAUACAAGUGCAGUUUGUAUACAAGUAUCAAGGUGAGUUCUCAGCCUACUUGUAAUUCUUGUGGGUGUCCUUAUUAGGCACAAAACUUCGUGCGUGUGACAUUGUGAGCAUUUGUGGAAAGACGUGUGUUCUUUUUUCUAUGAUUUUCUUUCGUAGUAAUCUAAUGUCUGUCUGGUCUGAACGUCUCUAUUCUAGGGAACUAUUUUAAUGAUAUUACUAUCUUAGAAUCUCUUCUGUAAAUUGUUUUGAGAGCACUGGCAGCGGCAAGGAGAAACCUUGCCACGCCCUGCCAUUCGUGUAGAGGGAAGCCCGGCAGUGGGCGAGGAAAAAAAAGGGUCGCGAGGCAUUCCGCGAGUCACUUCGCUUUGCGUGGCGGAUGGGAGGCAAAAUUGAAGCAGCAGAAUACAAUUACUCUUUUGCGCAAUAGUCUUCUCCGGCCAUAAUCCUUCACCUACAACCCACAGGGAGAGAUUACAAACAAUGAAUCACAAUGCAAUUCUCAACCCAUGGCACAAACUACGCGUGUUCCUAAGAGGCAAGUUCUUCCUCUCGAACAAACAAAUUGGUCGCAGGACGAAGAUAUUCGAUUGAUCCAUUCUUGGAUAAAUGUAAGCAUGGAUCCGAUCAUUGGCACAGAUCAAAAAGCAGGGGGGUUUUGGAGACGAGUUGAGGAGAACUACAACCUAGAUCUUCCCUCUCAUAUUAAACCUAGAACACAAAA